UAUGUGUCCAGAGUCAUGCAAAUGAACAAGAAAUCUCAAUUGGGAUAUAUAUUUACAAUGGUUAAAUUUUUACUUCUUGCCUUAUUCCUCCUGUUUGCCGUAGCGGAAAUUUCAGGAAUUUGCUGUGAUCGUGGAAAACACGGCUUCUGCAAAGACUGCGCCAAAGUUAGCAUAUGGCGCCACAGAAAGUGCUGUGGUUCCGGUAGUGGAAACGGGAAGGGAUGCAACCUAUUUUGCUGUAACUGUGGAUCAUGUAGGAAUGGAAAUUCAACGGUUGAAUUCCAUUCUGGUUGGUUCCUACACAAAAAAUACUCUUGUAAAUUGAAAUUGGGUGACCAGAAGGUUCAACUAAAAAAUCAGAAAGAUCUGAAAAGUACCUGGAACGUGUUCAACGAACUUGAUCAAGAUGAAGACGGCGCCAUAUCGCAAUCAGAGUUUCGUGAAGCAAUGGUUGCCAGAUUAUUGGACAACGAAUCCGGUCAACUAGUUGCUUCUCAUUUUUUGGACUCCAACAACGAAGAAGAUGUAUUGGCUCUGCUUGAUGUCGUUACCGAGCAAGAUGAACAAGAAUUGGAACAAAGCAAAGAUCUUGGUGAUCUUAUGAAGCAGGAAUUCCAGAAACUCGAUGCUGAUAACGACGGAAUGAUCCAAGCAGCUGAAUUUGACAAAGAUCUUGAAUAAAAAGAAACAUAAGAAAUAUUGCAAAACUUCUCAAAAUCUUUUUCACAUUCUAAAAGUAACUAAUCGAAUUCAACUAGAAAUAUUCUCAACAGCAGGAUCUCUCAUCUUUAUUUUACUUAAAACCGGGAUAAACACGAAUUAGAUUUAAACGUAUAAUCAUCUGUGCAGCACGAGAGUCAUGACAUUCUAUUUUCAAUAUUUAUAUUCAAGACUCUAUAUACUCUCCAGUUAAGGUUCUAAGAGAAUAUUUUUUAUCUUAUUUAAUCAGACCAUUAAACACGAAUGAUGAAUAAACAUUUUAACGUUGUGGCUUUUUAAUUAGAACUAUACUAGAGUAUAGUAAGUAAUUAAAUCCUUUUCUUUUGUGUUAUAUAUGAAUUAUAUUUGUCAUGAUUAAAAUCAAUUUGAAUAUA